AUGAAAGUUUUGUUUUUAUAAAGCAAAGCAAGCAAAAAUAUAUAUUUACUGAAAAGAAGAUUGAUUGAUAUUUAUAAAGUUAUUUAGUUAGUUAAUUAAUUCAUAUCAACUAAAUAAUUAAUUAGUUGUAAGUAAGGUCUUAUCAAAUAAAAUUAAGCAAUACCAUUAUAUAUUUUAGAAAUCAAGCAAUUAAUGACAUCACGCAGUUAAGAUAGAGAUUAAAUGAUGGCUACUUUGAGACAAUAGGCCCUUGAAGAUGCAGAAAAAUUUGCAGAUAAACAAAGAUUUGCACUUUUUUCAUAACCUCCAUCUCUCGCAACUGGAGAUGAUAAAUAAUAUGAAAUGAAAUUGCAUCCAAGAGACGAAACAGGAAAACCAGUAACUUUACCCAAGAAUGUAUAAGCAGGAGCACCAAAAUAAGGAAAAGUUAAAGAUUCUUAUUUUUCAGUUUUAGGAUUUACCACAAUAGGUGAUCCUUUUGUUGAUCCUGAUUCAAUUAGAAGACAAUAUGAACUUGAAAAAAAAAAAUUAGUCACUUAAGAAGCUGUUUUUAAGCCUGCAUCUGGAUACAAGACAAUAAUCAACUCUUCCUAUAAAAAUGAGCCAGAAUAUGUCCAUAAAGAAAAGAAUUAUCUUGAUUCUGAAGGAAAGGUAAUAACUGCUCCAAGAAAUAUAACUACAAAUCCCAAAAAUGGACCUUUAUAAAAACAUGCUCCAUAUAUUCCAGAUCCUUACGAGCGUUAGAGAGAGCUACGUAUAAAGGAAAUGGAAGAACAUAAAAAGAAACUUGCUGAGAAAUAAGCUUUCAGGACAACUCACCAUGGUGGUGGUGCUUUUAACACAGGUCGUAAAGUUUUUGGAGAGGAAGGAAUUGAUAUCAAAAAAAGACCAUAAACUGUGACAAAAUAUAAUAUAAUUAAACAUGAAAAUCCUUUUAAGCCAUCUAACCCUGCAAAAAAAGGAUUUAACGGAACUAUUUCUAAAUUCCCUGAAUAUAAACCAGACCCAUUAAAACCUUUAAAAAGAGUAGAUAAACCUAAGGAUAAAGAUCCAUUUAAACCUAAACAUUGCGGCAACUUAACUAGACCUACUCCUACAAUUACCUGCAACGCAAUAAAUAUAAGAAAAGAUAUCAUGAAUGGCAGAGUUUAUUUUUGA